UGUAUUUCAGUUUAUCCGUGUUUGGAAUUAAAUGUGGCAGCUUCCCUGUAGUUUUGGAGCAGGUGCUUUUUCCCGCUAACCGUUUGUCUCUCGGUGCAUCACUGACAGAAAUGUCGGGUCAGAAACCGUCGUUGAAGAGCGAAGACUCCGCGCAGAGCCGCUUUCAAGUGGAUGUGGUGACGGAGGCAUCAUCUGCAGCGCCCGGUCCGGCUGCCCCCUCUGCUCCGGCAUCCACUGAUGGAUCCAGACCUCCCGAGGAGUCCAAAGGCCGGUUCAGGGUGGUGGGCUUCAUGGAUUCGGGCGCGAUGGACAUUGGACUCCCACCUGAUGUCUCCCAUGAGCCGGACACAGCAAAAAGCGACUCAGUCAGCCUCCAUUCAACUGGCACGGGGCACACUCACAUCUCUGACUCCCACUCCAACACCUACUACAUGAGGACCUUCGGACACAACACUAUAGACGCCGUGCCUAACAUUGACUUCUAUCGGCAGACAGCCGCGCCAUUUGGGGAGAAGUUGACCAGACCGUCGCUGUCGGAGCUACACGACGAACUCGAUAAGGAGCCCUUUGAGGAUGGUCUGGCCAAUGGAGAAGAACCAUCGGCAGCUGAGGAAGCGGCAGCACUGGCAGCGAAGGAGGCCAAAGGAGGAACUGUCAAAUUUGGUUGGGUUAAAGGAGUCCUGAUCCGCUGCAUGCUGAAUAUCUGGGGUGUGAUGCUCUUCAUCAGAAUGUCCUGGAUUGUGGGACAGGCUGGAAUUGGACUGACCAUUGGUAUCAUCUUGAUGGCCACUGUGGUCACCACCAUCACCGGUCUGUCUACAUCUGCUAUAGCGACCAACGGCUUUGUACGAGGAGGAGGAGCAUACUAUCUGAUCUCCAGAAGUCUGGGGCCUGAAUUUGGAGGCUCCAUCGGUCUUAUCUUUGCCUUCGCCAAUGCCGUAGCUGUGGCCAUGUAUGUCGUAGGCUUUGCAGAGACAGUCGUUGAGUUGCUCAAUGACGUUGAUGCCUUGAUGACUGAUGAGCUCAAUGACAUUCGUAUCGUUGGGACUUUGACCAUCAUCUUGUUGUUGGGAAUCUCUGUAGCCGGGAUGGAGUGGGAAGCCAAGGCUCAGAUUGUCCUCCUGGUGAUUCUGCUGGCAGCCAUUGUUAACUUCUUCUUUGGAUCCUUCAUGCCAUCAGAAAGCAAAGAGCCUAAAGGAUUUUUCGGAUACCGCACGGCCAUCCUUUUAGAGAACUUUGGUCCAGAAUUCAGAGAUGGGGAGACGUUUUUCUCCGUAUUUGCCAUUUUCUUCCCCGCAGCUACUGGAAUUCUGGCUGGAGCCAACAUCUCCGGAGACCUGACCGUGGGUUUUUCAUCUUUAAGUAAAAGCUUUGUAUACAUGUCACUUUACCGAUUACUGAUCCAGAUUUGUAUCCUGGUUGUGCCUCCUGCAGGCUCCUGUAUUGUGAGAGAUGCAACUGGUGACCACAAUGACACAGUGAGCCCCACAGUGAACUGCACCGAUGCUGCCUGCACGCUCGGCUAUGAUUUUUCCAUCUGUAAGGAGGGAGGCUGUCCAUUUGGCUUGAUGAAUGACUUCCAGGUUAUGAGUCUGGUGUCGGCCUUCGGUCCUCUGAUCACCGCGGGGAUUUUCUCAGCCACUCUGUCGUCAGCUCUGGCCUCGCUCGUCAGUGCACCCAAAGUCUUCCAGGCUCUCUGUAAGGACAACAUCUAUCCUGGACUUAGUGUGUUUGCAAAGGGUUAUGGCAGGAACAAUGAGCCGCUCCGUGGUUACGUUCUGACCUUCUGCAUUGGUCUUGCCUUCAUCCUGAUUGCGGAGUUGAACAUCAUUGCUCCAAUCAUCUCCAACUUCUUUCUGGCCUCGUAUGCUCUCAUCAACUUCUCAGUUUUCCAUGCCUCCCUGGCCAGCUCUCCAGGGUGGCGCCCCAGCUUCAAAUACUACAACAUGUGGGUAUCCCUUGCCGGGGCGAUCCUGUGCUGCGUGGUGAUGUUUGUCAUUAACUGGUGGGCGGCCCUCGUUACGCUGCUCAUUGUCCUCGCGCUCUACAUCUACGUCAGUUACAAGAAACCUGAUGUGAACUGGGGUUCAUCCACUCAGGCUCUGAUCUACAACCAGGCUCUGACUCACUGCCUGAACCUCACCGGAGUCGAGGACCACGUUAAAAACUUCAGGCCGCAGUGUUUGGUGUUGACGGGUUAUCCAAACGCUCGUCCCGCUCUGCUUCAGUUGGUGAAUUCUUUCACCAAGAACGUCAGCCUCAUGGUCUCCGGUCACGUCAGAACUGUGUCCCGUCGGUCGAACUUUAGGGAGCUGUAUCAGGAUUAUGCCCGCUGUCAGCGCUACCUCAACAAAAAACGCAUCAAGGCUUUUUAUGCUCCUGUUUUUUCAGACAACUUGAGGCACGGAGCUCAGUUACUCCUGCAGGCUGUUGGUUUAGGUCGUCUGAAACCCAACACACUGGUCAUGGGUUUCAAGAACAACUGGAGUGAUGGAAACAUGAGAGAUGUGGAGAAUUACAUCAACACUAUACAGUAAGGGCUAAUGCGUCUUUUUAAAGAGCUNNNNAUUUCUCACAUCCAGGGACAAGACGAACUGCUAUCAUCCCACGAGAAGCCUCCAGUCAUCACUAAGGAUGUGUUGAUUUCUGUCAUUCCGGCUAAAGACUCAGAUUCUGACUCCUGUCCUUCAAAAACCACCAGCAACCAGAGCAGCCCGCUCAUCAUGAGAGAGACCAAGUCUCCUCUGAGCCUGACCGACCAGCGUCUGUUGGAGAGCAGUCAGCAGUUUAAGAAGAAACAGGGCAAAGGAACCAUUGAUGUGUGGUGGCUCUUUGAUGAUGGAGGCCUGACUCUGCUGAUCCCCUACUUGCUGACCAACAGGAGUAAGUGGGGCGACUGCAGGAUCCGCGUGUUCAUCGGCGGAAAGAUUAACCGCAUCGACCACGACCGCCGAGCGAUGGCCACGCUGCUCAGCAGGUUCAGAAUCGACUUCUCUGACAUAAACGUCCUCGGUGACAUCAACACCAAACCCAAGAAACACAAUAAGCUGACCUUUAAGGAGCUGAUCGAGCCGUACAGGCUGAAGGAAGACGACAUGGAGCAGGAGGCUGCUGAGAAGCUGAAGGCCCAGGAGCCCUGGAGGAUCACUGACAACGAACUGGAGCUCUACAAGGCCAAGACCAAUCGUCAGAUCAGGCUGAACGAGCUGCUGAAGGAACACUCCAGCACUGCCAAACUCAUCGUCAUGAGCAUGCCUUUGGCAAGAAAGGGCACAGUGUCGAGCGCCCUCUACAUGUGCUGGCUGGAAACUCUGUCCAAAGACCUCCCACCACUGCUGCUGGUGCGAGGAAACCACCAGAGCGUCCUCACCUUUUACUCCUAACACACACACACACACACACACACACACACACACACACACACACACACACA